AUGGUGAAGUAUGGGCAGCUAAGUAAAGUGUUCGAGUGUAUGGAAGAAUGGGAGAUGUGGUGGGGUUUAUAUAGGGAGGAUGUAGGAGGUAGGAUUCAUGAACUUGAGGGGAAACCUUACGAGAGGGAAACAUCAGUUCACCCUAUUGCCAAAGCCCAAGCUCCAACCUCCGUUCCCCCACUACUAAACAUUCCGUCUAGCCAUAGCCCACUCUUCCUCACCAUGCUAAACCCACCCUUCAAAACCCACCCUUCAUAUGAAACCCUUGGCCAACCGAUCUCCACUGUCCGCCUACUACCGAUCCAUGGAGUCAUUAAUUCCCUAAUUUAUUUCCGGAUCAUGCACUUAGCUUCAGUCAUCGUCAAGGCAUUUGUCGUUCUCCAGCCCUAUGAUCAAUCCUGUACAGUCAAGUCUAACAGAGACAACCAAAUGGGUGUUUCUGGUUGUUCCCUUUGCCCUUUGGCCAAAUGGCAUCAACCCGCAACCCGCAGAUGUGUUGUAAAUCUUGGUCUGUUGAGCGCACACAGCUUGUUUUCCUUCUACAAGAGAUAUAAUGAUUUCGAAGAUUAG